AUGGGUCGUGUGAGGAGAGACAGUUUAGCAGCAACUUUAGAAGAGGAAAUAAUUGACGAAGAAGUGGUUUCAUUAAACAUAGGUGUCGAUGGUCGUUGGAUACAGUGUGAUAGGUGUUUAAAAUGGUAUCACACGGCGUGUGUAAAAAUUCAGUUGGACGAUAAUGGUGAAUUCUCGGGUGAUUAUUAUUGUAGAGAAUGUAGACGUUCAACAAAACAUGAACAUUCUCCGACUGAUAGAGAAUGUAAGCAAGUUAGAAGGCUUUCGAUUUCUUCUGCUGGAUCUUCACGUAGUAGUGGAAGUUCUUAUAAAAAAUUAAAGAAUUCCGAUGGAUCAUCAUCAUUACGCAUGCCAUCACCCCACCAUCUUGAUCAUCUCUCUGAACAACCUAUUGUUUCUUUAUCCUUUAACAACAACAAUCAUAAUCAUUAUAUCAAUUAUACUAACGGAAAUGGACAGAAUAAUCAAAAUGGUCAAAAUGGUUUAAAUGGAAAUGGUCAAAGUGGAAGUGGUCGUAAGGAUAGAAAGACUAAUAAUUCUAAUAAUUCUUCGUCGUUGUCGUCAUCAUCUAAUGCUAACAAGAAUAAUAUUAUGGAUACAACUGAAACACCAAUACCAAUGUUUCAUUCAUAUAACUGGCCUCAUCCAGUUUCUUAUAAUCGUGCACUUCAUCGAGUAGCUCAAAUACUAUAA